CUGCAGGGAAAUCCACCUUUGUGAACACUCUGAAACAAGCUGGUGAGGAGUGGGAAGUUGUUCCUGAGCCUAUAGCUAGAUGGUGCAAUGUCCAGCAAAACUCGGGAGAGGAUUAUGAGGAGCUGACCACGUCCCAGAAGAGUGGGGAGAACGUGCUGCGGAUGAUGUAUGAGAAACCAGAGAGGUGGGCCUUCACCUUCCAGACCUAUGCAUGUCUCAGCAGGAUCCGUGCCCAGCUCAGCAUCCUGGAUGGAAAGCUCCAGGAGGCAGAGAAUCCUGUGGUCUUCUUCGAGCGAUCUGUCUACAGUGACAGGUACAUCUUUGCAGCUAAUCUGUAUGAGUCUGAUUGCAUGAACGACACUGAAUGGACCAUCUACCAGGACUGGCACGACUGGAUGAACAAACAGUUUGGUCCAAGGCUGCUCCUGGAUGGGAUCAUUUAUCUCAGAGCCACUCCUGAGAAAUGCCUGAAUAGGAUUUACUUGCGCGGCAGAGACGAAGAACAAGAAAUCCCCAUUGAGUACCUGGAGAAGCUUCACUACAAACAUGAAAAUUGGCUCCAGCAUAGGACACUGCGAACAGAUUUUGAGUAUCUACAGGAAAUUCCCAUUUUGACACUGGAUGUUAAUGAAGACUUCAAAGGCAAAAAGGACAAAUAUGAUCACAUGAUUGAAAAGGUCAAGGAAUUUUUGGGCACGUUAUAA